CGUGACAUUUUCUUGCAUGACAUUUAAAAUCACAAGCACAGCUGUAACAGUCACAAGCAGUAGCUGUAAAAGCAACCACAAAACACAGUUCAGUGGGAUUCAGACACUGCCAAUGUUUUUUAAGAAUGCAAGGAAGACAACUUACUUAUUCAGAGCAUCAUUCUGCCAACACCUCAACACACCUUUACAAAGGGUAAUCGCGUGCCAUUUAACUAUACUACUUCAUGAAGUCGGUUAUGAUAGUGCUCCCCCCUCUGGACAAAGUAUCUGAACUCAAUUCAGCUGACCGCUGUUGGUAUUACAUUCACUUGACAAAGCAGUAACGACUGGCACUGGAAAACAGACCCGUCACUGACCUGCUCGAGGCCGCUGCUGCCAGCAAGGGCUGUGGUGCCCUCCCAGGGGACACCUCCUGCCUUGGGCUGAGGCAUCGCGGCCUGGCGGAGUGCUCAGUUUCCACCUGCUUCAGUCAUCCAGCCAGCUGGAGCACCAGGGUCCUACACAGAGGCUUGUGCUCCUAAUGCAGUACGCUAUCAAAGGCUUCAUUUAAAAUUCUGAAUCAGAUCUCCUCUUCAUCGUAAUGUGUGCUAUAAAUGUGUGAGCUCUCAGUCUAGGAUGAGAAAGUUUCACAAGGGAGAAGUACAAGAAGAAGGGAAAGGGAGGGAGAAGACAACUGGUUUUGGUUUCUUGUAAAGGUUUCCCUGACCAGACUUCCUUCUUUCUGUUCUUGGAGGCAGACAGUUUUUCACUAUGGCGACAUUUUAAAAAUGUACCAUAUAGAGGGAUUAUAUACAUUCAUAUGCAUUGCAAUAUGUUUUAUAUUUGUUCUCUGGUAAGUUUAUUUUUUCACAGAUGGAAUGAGCUUGCAAAUAUUCUGGAGUCACAAGAGGCUGUUUAUCCAGUCAGUUAGCAUCUUCGAUACUGUUUUGCUCAGACCCUUCCUAUUCUACCCGAGUAAGCUUAAUGCAUGAAACAUCUAUACAGUUUAAAGACAAAGUUUACAGUAUUUUCAACACAAUGCACACACCGAUUUUCACACAGAAUAGUGUUUUUCACUGUCUCUUUCCUCCCUCUCCAAUAAGCUUGCUCUCCACUCCACUGUGCCCAAUAUAGGAUAUGAGUAGGGCAGUGUUUCUAUUCCUGUCUUUGCCACUGACUCACUGUACAGUUUCUUAAGCAUUUACAUCUUGCAGAUGCCUCCUGGUAUCUAAGAAGAUGAAGGUGACUGUCAAUGUUUUCUUUAGGAUCUGGGCAUUCAUAACAUCUCCCUUUGUGCAGAUUCACUUGUGCUUAAUAAGCAUUUAUUCCAUGCAGCAGACUUCUACCAGUGAGGAUAUUAUUAGGGGUUCUCACUUCUAACCAGAUAUUCCUACUUUAAUUAAAAUCAUAGGAAAUUAAUUUUUUGAGAGCUCUACUUCUCAGUUAGAUUUGACGUCAGCCAGCAGCCUCAAAAUGUUGAGGUAGGGCACUUGCAUAAACACAUUUGCACACAAAACAGUCUGAUUGCAUUCACUUCUCUAUUUAUGAAUGCUAAACUGGACAUACACAGAGACGCUGAACACUGUUGUUUUUAUAAUGCUAGCUACCUGCUGCUACAGAUCCUGGUAGCGCUGCUGUCUGCUGCAUAUACAAAAGCACUGCUCUUUCCUUCUCAGUAUCAUAAUGCCUUAAUUCCAGCUACGGUCUCAUUUACAGUUCUUUACAAUAUUCUGGUCUUCAGGAUUUUUUGAUUUUUACUGAUUGUUAAACAAGAGUAAACACAGUGAGUAAAAAUAGCAGCUGUGUAGCUAAUUCUUGCAAACAAACUUUUAGUCCUUAGUAUUGGAAUGAAAAUCAGAGACCUACUACAGCUUGCAGAUGUUGGUAAAAUCCACAUACGUGGAAACACAGAUGGCUCCAAACAAGACAAGGUGUGCAGCCCACUUGUGUCUUCCAGCCCAUGCUACUUUGAGAGCCAUUGUAUAUUUAACAAAGUGUAUAUUUUAUCAGAGCUAAAAUUUAUCUAGAUAAAUUGUAUAAAUUAUGAGUUUGGCUUAUAGACAAACACAGUAACAAACAAAGAAACAUAUCCAAUUUCCAGUGCCACAGCAGAAAUAACACAACGGGCUGCAUGCACUAUGACGACUGUGGUCUCCAAGGCACAAAGUGGCUUGGAUCUUAAAAAACGCUACCAAAUGUUAGCAAUCUGUUAUGAACUGACACAAUCCAGCUAGCUUAUCUUAAAUAUGCUAAUUUUUACAGGAUGAGCUGCCAGCUUUACCAUUCCAAAAUUGUUUUAAAAGGUCCAGCCUUUAAUUACCACGAAUAUCUUCACAAUACAAUGGAAAUCGGAUGCUUUCUGGCUUGGAAAUUAUUCAUAUUGACACUAGAGGAUGAAGCAGUUUUAAUUUAGAGGCAAAAGAAAAAAAAAAAAAAAAGAGUAAAUCUCAAAAGAUUAUCAUGCUAAGAGUAAUUACAUGAGUUGAUCUUUUCGAUUCACACCCCAAUCUCUUUUUGUUCUCUUAAUAGGAUUACCAUAUUUCAAUCUCAAUAAAUUCUUCCAGAAUAAAGGAUUACAGCCUAUUUCCAUUAGGAUACCUUCGCUAAAGUAGGCUGUAAAUGUAAGCAAGACACGUUUACAUGACAGCACGUAUAUAAUUGUAAAAGCGAGCAGAAGGCUGUUGAAAAGGACCCGAAAACGCCUGGGCUGAAAUAUCCAGGUGCCGGUCCUGGGUGCCUGUGCCCGAGCAGCCAGAACUGAGCAGAUCCAAACCAGCGAUGUCCGAGGUUCCCGUGCCCGGGUCUCUUUCCGCAGGGUUUCAGCCUAAAACAAAACCAGCAGCAGCAGCAACGAACAGGCAGGACGCUGCGAAGCGGCGGCUUGCACAGCUCCUGUGAGGCGCGAUGGCACCGUGGGCACGGGCGGGCACGAAGCCACCGUCCGAUGGCGGUGCCCGAGGGCAGGCGGCGGGGCAGCGCGGCUCCUCUCCCCUACACCCUGGCUCCGGCGGCGCUUCGGGGCCGUCCCCCGACUGCCCCCGGCCCCGGCCCCUCGGGCUGGGGGCGGCCGCACGGCGCCGGCAGGCGGAGGCCGAAAGUUGCCGCUCGUCCCGCCCAUGGUGGCGGGCGGGAAGCGGCGGUUCCCCCUCAGCGCCAGGCGGCCGCCGUGGGCCCGGCGCCAGCCCUGAGCAGCGCCCCGCUCCCCCGGCGGGGCCGUGCCGUGCCGCGGUGAGUAGCCCGGGCCGGGGGGCGGCCGGCGAUGCCCCCCCGGGCGGCGGAGCGCCCCCCAUGGCGAGCGCGGCAGCGGCGGGGGGAGACCCGCGGGCGCUGCGGGCCCUGGGUGGGUGCCUGCUGGGCGCCCUGGUGCUGGGCACGCUGGCGGGCAACGCGCUGGUGUGCCUGGCUGUGCUGCGGUUCCGCCACCUCCGCGCCAAGGUCACCAACUGGUUCGUGCUGUCGCUGGCCGUCUCCGACCUGUGCGUGGCCGUCCUGGUGAUGCCCUGGAAGGCGGUCACCGAGGUGGCCGGUGGCUCCUGGCUCUUCGGCAGCCGCUUCUGCGACACCUGGGUUGCCUUCGACAUCAUGUGCUCCACUGCCUCCAUCCUCCACCUUUGCAUCAUCAGCCUGGACCGGUACUGGGCCAUUGCCAGCCCCUUUCGCUAUGAGCGGCGGAUGACGCAGCGCCUCGCCUGUGCCAUGAUAGCCGCAGCCUGGGCCCUCUCCGUCCUCAUCUCCUUCGUCCCUGUGCAGCUACACUGGCACAAAGCCAAGGACGGGAGGCAGCCGGGCUCCAAGCCGCCUGGGACACCACGCUGUGAGGUCAGCCUGAACCGCACUUACGCCAUCACCUCCUCUCUCAUCAGCUUUUACAUCCCCGUGGCCAUCAUGAUCAUCACCUACACCAGGAUCUACCGGAUCGCCCAGGCCCAGAUCCGCCGCAUCUCUACCCUUGAGCGAGCAGGGGGGCAGUGGCCAGCCCACAGCAAGGAGCCCACCUCCACUCUGCGGAGCUCCCUGCGCAAGGAGACCAAGGUGCUGCAGACCCUUUCUAUCAUAAUGGGAGUCUUUGUUUGCUGCUGGCUGCCCUUCUUCCUGCUCAACUGCCUGCUGCCUUUCUGCCAGCCGGAGAGCGACCACGAAGGGCAGUCAGCCUGUGUUGGCCAAACCACCUUCAACAUCUUCGUGUGGUUCGGCUGGGCCAACUCCUCAGUGAACCCAGUCAUCUAUGCUUUCAAUGCAGACUUCAGGCGGGCUUUCAGCAACCUGCUGGGCUGCAGGUGCUUCUGCUGUGGCACGCGUAGGUCCACUGUGGAGAGGGUCAACUUCAGUAAUGAGCUGGUUUCCUAUCACCACGACACCACCUGCCAGAAGGAAGGAGCCGCCUCAUCAUCAGUGCCACCCGCUGCUGUCACUGCCUGGGUGCAGCCUGUGCCCCAUGCUGUAAGCCUUCAGGGGGAGGACAGCAGUGAGGAACUGCAAGUGGAGAAGCAGCCUGGGACUCCUCAGACAAAGGCUGCCCCUGGCAGCAGCCCCAAGUGUCAUCGUGUGCCAGCUAUUUUGCGAUUGGAUUGUGGGGCAGAGCUGUCCCUGGAAACUAUUACCCCCUUUACAGGGCUCGGUGGACGCGAGGGACCUUGUCAUCCCAUUCCAGAGGGAUAAGCAGCUGCGUGAUUCACCCAUGCAGAGCUGUCCCACAGGGGGAAUUCACC